AGCAAAAAUAACAAAAGAAUUUUUUGUUUUUAUUUUUAUUUUUAUUUUUUCCCGUCUCGCUCGCGCACACACACACUCUCUCUCUAGAAAGACUGCAAAUUUGCAGAGGGCAAAGAGAAAGGACUAAGAGGGGAGAAGUAUCCAACUACCACAGCGUGCUCCUGUCCAUGGCAGUCUCAGCACUUAUCUCCAUUUAUUAGAAGGAUGCUCAGUUGCCAUUGAAGCUGGAAAAUCUAUAUUUUCGCAGCUUAGUUUCUGGUUCUGCAGCUCAUCAGAAGAAAUUUGGUGGUUUCUUAUAUCUUAUCAAUUGAAACAUUAGUGAUUUCUGGACAACUUAGAGCAUUCAAAAUUCAGAGACCCAGUUCAGGGGGCGACCUGCCCCAAGGCAACGACUACAGUCCUUUUCCUGUAGCCCGAAGGGUGAAUUCUUCCCAUACAAUGAUGAUGGAUGAUGAUGUUGAGCGUGGUAAUUUGGGGCCGUACCAAGAGAGGCCAAGGACUUUCCCCAAUAUGCGUAGUAAACCUUAUACUCCAUUUAUUGUUCGAGUGCUAAUGGGAAUAAAUGUCCGUGUUCUUUUUAUACUUUUGCUGUUGGGUUUAGGAGCAAUCUUUUACAUUGGUGCAAGUACUUCUCCCAUCAUUGUGUUUGUCUUUACAAUUUGCAUCAUCAGCUUCCUGUUAUCGAUAUAUCUUACUAAGUGGGUACUAUCAAAGGAUGAGGGCCCUUCUGAAAUGGCUCAGAUAUCAGAUGCAAUACGUGAUGGAGCUGAAGGUUACUUCAGGACCCAGUAUGGGACAAUCUCAAAGAUGGCAAUGUUGCUGGCCCUGGUGAUCCUCUGCAUAUAUUUGUUCCGUACAACAACUCCUCAACAAGAAUCUUCUGGCCUUGGGAGGUCGACAUCUGCAUAUAUCACAGUUGCUGCAUUUCUUUUGGGGGCUUUAUGUUCAGGUAUAGCAGGUUAUGUUGGGAUGUGGGUGUCAGUUCGUGCAAAUGUUAGAGUUUCUAGUGCUGCAAGACGGUCAGCUAGAGAUGCACUGCAGGUAGCUGUCCGUGCCGGUGGUUUCUCUGCCCUAGUGGUUGUUGGUAUGGCUGUAAUUGGUAUAGCCAUCCUUUAUGCUGCAUUUUAUGUUUGGUUGGGAGUGGAUUCUCCAGGUUCAAUGAAGGUUACUGAUUUACCCCUUCUCCUCGUGGGGUAUGGCUUUGGAGCUUCCUUUGUUGCCCUGUUCGCUCAGUUAGGUGGUGGAAUAUACACCAAAGCAGCUGAUGUUGGGGCUGACCUUGUUGGAAAAGUAGAACAGGGAAUCCCUGAAGAUGAUCCUAGAAAUCCUGCAGUAAUUGCAGAUUUGGUUGGAGACAAUGUGGGUGAUUGUGCUGCUCGAGGUGCUGAUCUUUUUGAAAGUAUUGCUGCCGAAAUAAUAAGCGCAAUGAUACUUGGAGGAACAAUGGCUCAACGUUGCAAAAUUGAGGAUCCUUCUGGCUUCAUCUUGUUUCCUCUUGUUAUUCAUUCUUUUGACCUGGUUAUUUCUUCAAUCGGAAUACUUUCAAUAAGGGGUGCACGUGAUUCUAGUGUAAAGUCUCCUAUAGAGGAUCCAAUGGCAAUCCUUCAGAAAGGAUACUCUGUUACAUUAGUUUUGGCAGUUCUCACAUUUGGUGCGUCUACCCGUUGGAUGCUUUAUACUGAACAAGCACCUUCAGCAUGGUUUAACUUUGCCUUGUGUGGAUUGGUUGGUAUCAUCACGGCAUAUAUUUUUGUCUGGAUCACCAAAUACUAUACUGACUACAAGCAUGAACCUGUACGCACAUUAGCUCUUGCUAGCUCCACGGGUCAUGGGACUAACAUAAUUGCUGGAGUUAGUUUGGGUCUGGAAUCAACAGCUCUUCCUGUUCUUGUCAUUAGUAUAGCUAUUGUCUCAGCUUUUUGGUUGGGUCACACCUCUGGUCUGGUGGAUGAAGCUGGAAAGCCAACUGGUGGCUUGUUUGGUACUGCUGUAGCAACAAUGGGAAUGCUCAGUACUGCUGCCUACGUUCUUACAAUGGAUAUGUUUGGUCCCAUAGCUGACAAUGCUGGUGGAAUUGUAGAGAUGAGUCAGCAGCCAGAAAGUGUUCGGGAGAUUACUGAUCUUCUUGAUGCGGUUGGAAACACAACAAAAGCUACAACCAAAGGUUUUGCCAUUGGAUCUGCAGCACUUGCAUCUUUCCUUCUAUUUAGUGCUUAUAUGGAUGAGGUUGCUGCAUUUUCCCAUGAACCUUUCAACCAGGUUGAUAUUGCCAUUCCUGAAGUUUUUAUUGGUGGAUUGUUGGGCUCUAUGCUUAUUUUCUUAUUCAGUGCAUGGGCCUGCUCAGCUGUUGGCCGAACUGCUCAGGAGGUUGUUAAUGAAGUAAGGAGGCAGUUUAUUGAGAGGCCUGGUAUUAUGGACUACAAGGAGAAACCAGACUAUGGUCGCUGUGUCGCAAUUGUGGCAUCUGCUUCUUUGAGGGAGAUGAUUAAGCCUGGUGCUUUGGCUAUUAUAUCACCUAUUGUAGUUGGUUUUCUGUUCCGGAUUUUAGGGUACUAUACGGGGCAUCCUCUACUUGGGGCUAAAGUUGUGGCUUCCAUGCUGAUGUUUGGAACAGUUUCUGGCAUUCUUAUGGCUCUUUUCCUAAAUACAGCUGGUGGUGCAUGGGAUAAUGCAAAGAAGUAUAUUGAGACAGGGGCUCUUGGAGGCAAGGGGAGUAACUGUCAUAAAGCAGCAGUUACUGGAGAUACUGUAGGAGACCCGUUCAAAGACACAGCUGGGCCUUCACUUCAUGUGCUUAUAAAAAUGUUAGCAACAAUCACGCUAGUCAUGGCGCCUGUCUUUCUGUGAAGAGUAGUUGAUAUCUACCGCAGUUCAAAGAGUAUAAAGCACCCUUAAUCGUUGGAAUUUUUAGGGUUUUUUUUUUUUUUGUGUUGCAAAUAUACAGAUAGGUAUUUGAUGUACAUCAAGGGUGCCUAAUUGCUAGCGAUACUGAAUUUGCCAGUUUUUAAAACCAAAUAAGAGAAGUUAUUUGACUGCUGAAUGAAGUGGUUAGUAGAUGCAAAUUUUAUUUUUGUAGUGUACUUGCACCUGGAGAGCAUUUUUGAUGCAAAGGAGAGAAUUAUGUUCAAUUUAAAUGUUACUGUUGGUGGAUGA